AUGGCCGAUGGUCCGUUUUUGCCGGGGCGGCCCGACAAGAGGGGGACAUCGGUAACACCAACGUGUCUGGCUCGCUGCCCGCCUCCCUUGGUGCUCUCCCCAACUUCACUGAAAUGUUGGUCCCCCGCACUGCAUCUCCCCCCGCACUGCAUCUCCCCCCGCGCUGCAUCUCCCCCCGCACUGCAUCUCCCCCCGCGCUGCAUCUCCCCCCGCACUGCAUCUCCCCCCGCACUGCAUCUCCCCCCGCACUGCAUCUCCCCCCGCGCUGCAUCUCCCCCCGCACUGCAUCUCCCCCCGCACUGCAUCUCCCCCCGCACUGCAUCUCCCCCCGCACUGCAUCUCCCCCCGCGCUGCAUCUCCCCCCGCACUGCAUCUCCCCCCGCGCUGCAUCUCCCCCCGCACUGCAUCUCCCCCCGCACUGCAUCUCCCCCCGCACUGCAUCUCCCCCCCGCGCUGCAUCUCCCCCCGCACUGCAUCUCCCCCCCGCGCUGCAUCUCCCCCCGCGCUGCAUCUCCCCCCGCGCUGCAUCUCCCCCCGCAGCUGCAUCUCCCCCCGCGCUGCAUCUCCCCCCGCACUGCAUCUCCCCCCGCACUGCAUCUCCCCCCGCACUGCAUCUCCCCCCGCACUGCAUCUCCCCCCGCGCUGCAUCUCCCCCCGCACUGCAUCUCCCCCCCGCACUGCAUCUCCCCCCGCGCUGCAUCUCCCCCCGCACUGCAUCUCCCCCCGCGCUGCAUCUCCCCCGCACUGCAUCUCCCCCGCACUGCAUCUCCCCCGCGCUGCAUCUCCCCCCGCACUGCAUCUCCCCCCGCACUGCAUCUCCCCCCGCACUGCAUCUCCCCCCGCGCUGCAUCUCCCCCCGCACUGCAUCUCCCCCCGCGCUGCAUCUCCCCCCGCACUGCAACAUGCGCCAUUCGUUAA